UUGUAAGGAACCAGUAGUGGCUGAAUUCGUGCAAAGAAAUCAAGUUGAACAAUGGCUAAUACAGUGGUUGUCCAGCAACCUUAUGCAAAGUCAAAUUCUCAGAUGAGUCCUUGGAGUUCAGGGAUAUGUGACUGUUGUCAGGACAUGGAAACUUGCUGCUAUGGAUUCUGGUGUUGUCCUUGCUUUGCUUGUUCCACGACUGGGGAGUUUGGGGAGAGCACCUGCCUGCCUCUGAUUGACUUGUGUGGUCCGGGUUUAAUGGCUGCUUUCGGCAUGGCAAUAUGUGUGCCGCCAGUGACUCUGGGAAUGCGAGUGGCAGUUCGCCACAGAUACGAAAUAGGGGGAAGUCUCUGUGAAGAUCUCAUGGUGUCCUGUUUUUGUACUAUGUGUUCCUGGUGUCAGAUGAACAGGGAAAUCAAACAACGUAAAAAAUUUGUCACCACGGUGACCCAACAACCCAUGGUGAACAUACAACCCAUGGUGAACAUACAACAGCAGCCAAUUAUCAUCACUCGUUAAAAAAGGUGACCCCAGGAGUCAUGGACCCCCACCUGCCAUAUUGAUCUAAGUUAAAUCACUUUGGAAAUGGAGUUUGAUCAUAUGCUGUGACUCAGGAACACUUUCAGUUUACGUUUUAAGUUUCUGAAAACUGUAUCACUGCACUUUCAUUUAUCCUUAUUAUGGGAUUUGUCCAAAAAUUCAACAUUUACUUGGUUGAUGGUGAUUUAAUGUAUACAUUAAAUAUAACGUGCAUAUUUUAUUCUCAUAAAAUUACAUAUAAAGCUAUUUGCAUACUGUAUGUUCAUAUGUAGAUGUAAUGCUUCAGAUUAGAAUAUGCACAUGAAGUUUUAACUUCCCUGUCCUCAGCAUCAUAUAAACAACUUUGUAAGCUUUUGCAUUUUCUUUUGGGAGAAAUUGAUGUAAACACAUUUGGUAAGAAUAAACAAUUUGACUGGCUUUCAAGUAAUAAAUAUGAGGCUGUAUAAGUA